CCGAGGCGCUGAGGGGCCGGCAUCCGCCCAGAGGCACCGCCCGCGCACUUACCAGCGCCCCGCGGAGGCGGCCGCGGGCAGCCGGUGUCACCCGGCGGGACGAUGACCCAGCGCCGGGAGCCGAGCGCCCAUCUGGACGAGGAGCUGCGAGCGCUGGGGUGGUAUCAUUAUAACCUUACUCGACACGCAGCAGAAGCCCUGCUUCUUUCCAAUGGGAAGGAUGGAAGCUAUCUCUUGAGGAAGAGUAACGAAAGGGAAGAUUUGUAUUCCCUCUCUGUAAGGGGAAAGGAUUCUGUGAAACAUUUUCAUAUUGAAUAUACAGGAACAUCACUCAAAUUUGGAUUUAAUGAAUUUUCCAGCUUGAAGGAAUUAGUCAUGCAUUUUGCAAAUCAGCCUUUAAUUGGAAGUGAAACAGGAACCUUAAUUGUAUUGAAGCAUCCCUAUCCACAUGAAGUGGAGGAGCCAUCUAUUUAUGAGUCUGUCCGAGUUCACACAGCAAUGCAGACAGGAAGGACAGAAAAUGAUCUUGUUCCAAAUGCUCCCUCACUUGGUACUAAAGAAGGAUAUUUGAUAAAACAAGGCAAAAUCGUCAAGAACUGGAAGACAAGGUGGUUUACACUGCAUAGGAAUGAACUUAAAUAUUUCAAAGACCAGACAGCCACAGAACCAAUUCGGGCACUUGACUUAACUGAAUGCUCAGCAGUGCAGUUUGACUAUUCUCAAGAAAGAGUCAACUGUUUCUGCUUAGUGUUCCCACUAAGAACAUACUACCUGUGUGCAAAAACUGGAAUAGAAGCAGAUGAGUGGAUUAAAAUACUGCGAUGGAAACUGUCACAAAUACGGAAACAAGUGGAGCAGCGCAGUGCCCCCAGUUCCCAGUUGCACCCCUAAUCCUUCCACUCCAUGGGCAGGAGUUGCCUCAGAGAAGGCAUCUGACCACAGGAAGACAGUUCUACGUCUCCAUGACUUGCCCACACACAGACAUUUGCAUCCAGCUCUGCAUACAGAGGAUCUGUACAGCUGAUUGACUGCUUUCAGGCUGCUGAGUUGCGUGUGGAGACCAUUGCAAAAUCACAGUGUCAGUUUGAUGUGUGUGGUUUAUGUCUGCAAGGCUCAAUCAUUCAGACACCCAUUAACUAAUCACAGAAGUAGUCACUUCAAAACUUCUGAGGUUAUCCGGAGCCAUCUUGAGAACUUACUGCUUGCUCCAUCACAGCUACCAUUAGCAGCACAUACUGUUAACACUCAGCCUGUUAUUUAAAAUUAGGCCUUUCUGGAAACAUUAAAUAUUACUUUUGUAUGGCCUGUUGGAGUCUAGGCCAAAAGAAGAAUGACAGAGCCAAUUACAUUUUUGUAAAUAGUAUCUACAUUAACACCCACAGAAUUAAACCAAGACUCUUUUGAAGGUGAUGGAUGAGUAAUACUUCUGGUCAAGUAUAUUUCUGUACAUUUUAGAUUUAUACCACAGUUAUGGCUUUGAAUGAACAUUUAUUUUAAACAGCAUGUACGGGAUAUGGUAAGCAGCAACAGAAACGCUGCUUGUUUAUACAUCCAGGUGAUGAAAAACAGGCAGUUCUCAGCAUGUGUGUGCUGCUACAGGACCCCGAGGAUGGAUGACAGAGCUCUGCAGAAGGCUUUGCUGGUGGCAGCCACCAACGUUUUAGCAGCAUUGAGUUGGACCCCAUAUGCUCCCCUUUAAAAAUGAGCUGGAUUUUGUAAUUUUUUUCCCCUCAAGCAGAUAACUUGGUUUAAAAAACAAGAGGUUUUAUCCACAACUGCAUUCAAGAAUUAAUCACUGCUUGCUUUACACUGAACAAGAAGAGCAACAGGAAAGCACAAUAUACACUAAAAACAUAUACAUAUGUGUGUGUGUGUUUGAAAGAAUAUAUCUUCUACAUAAUGGAUGAAAAUUUUCAUACGCAAUUUGGAAGACUCAAGCACACCUAAGUGUUGUGGCUCACCAGAGUUCAGAAGCAGAAGCUUUGGGCUUUGGUGCUAUAAUGAAAAAUGAGGUGUUACAUUUUGAAAGCAAGUUUUGACACUGGAGGGUCUCAAGGCCAGCCUGGUCUGGUCUUCCAUGUGACCUGCUCCUCUGGGAGACGUGGGGUGAGCAGGGAGUUCCCUCUCUCUGUAAUGGUCACAUUUCUGAUGAACCGCUGCUUGCAUGGAAACCUUUUCCCUGGACAAUGUGCAGCAGCAGCUCAGUGUUCAGUAGAUGCCUUUACUGUGAGAAAGCUGAAGAGAAAAAGGGGGAGAAACGUACUAGAAGAACAUACUAGAAGGAAAAUCCAGCUUUGGACAGGAAUAGCAUUUUAUUUCAACUUAUACAUUCAAAAUAUUUGUAAAUAUUUUUAUACACUGUUUUCUGAAUAAAAAGUCAUUAUAAAACUACCAAAGGUCUUCUGUAAUUCUGUACAGUAUCGUUAAAGCUUUGCAAAAUACAUUAGUCUUUCUUUUUGCCUUAAAAGUCAAUAUAACAACUUGCAUCUCCAACUUAGUUAAAAAGCACUGAUGACUUGGCACGCAAUAAAGGCAGAGUCAGGAGAAGAAAGAUCUGAUGUUCUCCCGUACCAUUGCUCUCCUGUGCACCUGGGAACAAAGCUCCAAGUGCAACCACAGAAGCAACCUUCCUCUUCACAUAUUUCAAAAACAUCAGAAGCAAGCUCAGUACAUGAUGCCACAGACAGCAGCCAGCAAAUCAGUACUUGGUUGGCUUAGGAAGCAUUUUGGGCAAGGGCACCGGAUGGGUUGAGCCGGAAAUAACAGCAAGAGAUUCUCCCUGGAUGGAACAGGAAUGAUUUUUGCCACAAGCACCCACACAGAUGCCUUGGGGCCCAGUUACCCAGAGCUGUCUCUGUGAUUACAGCUACAGAAAGCUUGAGCUAGGAGCUCAGUUUAAAUGGGAAAGGGUUGACUGAGAAUUUUUAAUCUGUGAGAGCUUCUGAGCAAAGAACUCCCGGCCCUCACUCUUGGCACAGAGAUGGUCAAGGUAUAAGCGUGAUGUCAGAAACUUGCUAAGAAAGCUCCAUUACACCAACAGUUUUAGAUUUGACUGUAUGCACUAGAGUCAUAGAGAGACUGAGGGAGAAGAGAGGAGAGGCAGAGGGCAUGGGCUGGAACCCCUGUGAUCUUAUAAAUAGGAAGCCAGUCAGCUACUAACUUCUCCAUCUACAUAUUGACACAGGAUGCAAUAUCCACUCAACCCCAUUGAGAAGGGGAAUGGCUUAGUUGCCAGCCUGUAA